AUGCCUCUGGGAACGUUCUUCCUUCCUGUUCUCUGUUUCCUGGGAGCGGCAAUCCCGAGGGGACUGCAGUACGUCACGUUCUCGCGCAAUGCUACGAAAUUCCUCCACCUGUCCAUGGAUUUGGAGUCUGGCACCAUUUACCUGGGGGCUACCAACUUUCUCUUCCAGCUGACAUCUGACCUGCUGAUGAAGAAUGUGGUUCAAACCGGGCCGGUUCUGGACAGUAAAGAUUGCCUCCCCCCAGUCUCGAGGCUGGAGUGCCCUCAGGCACACCACACUGACAAUCACAACAAGCUGCUGCUGGUGAACGCGGUGCAGAAGGAGCUCAUCGUGUGCGGCAGCGUGCACCAGGGAAUCUGUGAGAAGAGGAGCCUCGCGUCCAUCGACCACGUCCUCUUCCGACCGGAGAGCCCUGGCGACACUCAGUACGUUGCUGCCAACGACCCCAAUAUCACCACCGUGGGACUCGUGGCCUACUCGAAGGAUGAGGUCCCCUUGCUCUUUGUGGGACGAGGGUACACGAGCCGAGGAGUCGGAGGGGGGAUUCCUCCCAUCACUACCCGAAACCUCAGGGCCCACGGUGGGGAUAUCCAAGCAACAGACUCUCACUCCAUUUUCUCCUAUGAAGAAACAGCUAAACUGGCCGUGGGCCGGCUCUCCGAGUACAACCACCAUUUCAUUAAAUCCUUCACGUAUCGUUCCAGCGUCUAUUUCCUCUUCUACCGCCGGGACCUCAAGUCUCAGUCGCGCGAGUACAAGACCUACAUCUCGCGGAUCUGCCUGGAUGACUCCCAUUAUUACUCCUAUGUGGAGCUACCCCUGCUGUGCCAGAGCAAAGCCAAUACCUACAGCCUCCUGCAAGCAGCCUACGUCACCCGGCCGGGGAAGGACCUGGCCCAGGGGCAGCUGGACACUGACGGAGAAGUGCUGUUUGCAGCCUUCUCUGCCUGGCAGGCUUCUUCUGGCAAACUGAGCGAGGAGUCUGCGCUCUGCAUCUAUGCGAUGGAGGAGGUGGAUCGCCUGACCAACUGGACUAGGGAUGUGUGCUACAUGAGGGACGGGAAGUCAGAAGAAGGCACAGAAGUGGCAUACAUUGAAUACGAUGUCAGUUCCAACUGCGUCCAGCUGCCAGCGGACACCCUGUAUGCAUACCCCUGUGGCUCUGACCACACUCCCAGCCCCAUGGCCAGCCGGGUACCCUUGGAAGCAGCCCCCCUCCUGGAGAAAACAGAUGCCCGACUGACAGCUGUGGCGGUGAAUGUGGAAGAUGGCCACACCAUCGUAUUUCUGGGAGACAGCAGAGGGAGACUGCACAAGAUGUACUUAGGAGCAAUGGGAGAUGCACAUAUAUACGCUUCUUUACCUAUCCAAUUAAACAGCGUGGUGAGUGGAGACCUGCUGUUCGACCAGCUGCAGGAGAACCUCUUCGUCAUGACCCAGUCAAUGGUGGUAAAGGUUCCCAUACUGGAGUGUUCUCUCUACUUGGACUGCGAAUCCUGUCUGGCACUGAAAGAUCCUUACUGUGGCUGGUGUGUCCUUCAGGGACGGUGCAGCCGUCGCUCUGAGUGCUUGCGGUCCAGGCUGAGUGAGCAGUGGCUCUGGAGCUUUAACUCUACACAGCAGUGUCUCUUUGUCCAGUCACUAACUCCAGCCAAUAUCAGCAGAGAGGAAAAGAGAAAUAUAUUUCUGGCUAUCUCGGACUUACCUUCUCUACAUGAGGAAGAAUUCUACUCGUGUUACUUUGAAGAUUAUGAAAGCCCAGCAGUUCUGACAGAGUCAGGAAUCAUGUGUCCUUCGCCAGAUCCCAGCCAAGCACCAACCUUGCCAGCAGGAGCAGAUCAUGUCACCAUAAAGCUCGUAGUGCGUUUCCAUGACAUCUUCAUUGCUUCUGUGGACUUCUCUUUCUAUGACUGUGCUGCAGUGGCCCUGCUAUGGAAAUCAGCACCGUGCCAGAAAUGUGUGAGCAGUCCCUGGGGAUGUAACUGGUGCAUCCAGCAGCACCUCUGCACCCACAAGGCAGCCUGCGAGGAAGGAAUCAUUAUCUACAAUGAAAGGGCCCAGCUGCCAACUUCAAGCGUGUUUCCUUCUUCAGCAGCUCCCCUCACCAAAUCCUCUACCAUAGCCCCUGUGGUGGCCACAAAACCUAUCACUCCCCCUGUGCGUGUGGUACUGAGCACUGCGUCCCCCACAGAGCCCAACCAUGUCACGCCCUCUGCAGCCUCGGAUUCAAUGACUGAGCCUACAGAAACCUUCAGCUACACGUCCUCAACUCUUUCAACCGAAGCAGCAUCUCUCCAGGCUGUCACAGAAGCCCCCCUGCCACCACCAGCAGACAAACCUGCUGUCACUCUGCCAGACACAACUUCUCCUGCUGCCUCUGUCCUCACCAGUCCGUCCAAAAACGGGGAUCACGCAGCCCUGCCCACUGUAGGGCCAGCCACUGCCCAGGAGCUGUGGCACACCGACCCACCCACCACUGCAAUAGCUACUCCUCUGCUCACAACUGCACCAGCAGUAACACCUUCCCCUCACAUCACCAGCUUCAGGUGGCCUCCAAAUUCUUUUCCUACCACCGAAGCCCUGACAUCUGCCAUUCCAUCUCCCCAGCCCCCCAGCGAGGUGCCAGGGGAGACUGCUGUCUCUGAUGACUCUCCUGGUUUGCUGGGAACCGAAAUUCCUGCUUCAGAGCUCCCCCCGUCAGCUCCCCCGGACUGGCUGCUGGGGGAAGACACGGAGCUCCAGGACACGGAGGACUGGAUGGAUUUGCUGCAGGCUGAGAAUGACACGUCUCCCUUCUCUGCUUCCACUCUUCUGUCGGGUGAUGGCGAUUCUUCAGAGAGGGAUGUCCCUGACUUACCCAGGAUCCUCCACCCUGACCUUGACUAUCAGUAUGAUGCCCCUGGGUUUUGGGAGGAGGUAGAGUUUAGCUGGGGUCCUGGUGCGUGUCCCUGUGUGCAGGGAAUCCAGGGAUCUUCGCUGUUUCCAGUCAAUGUGGCAAGGAAGAUAACCCUGCUAGGAAAGAACUUCCACCUCUACCAGGACCAGCAGUGGGACUAUGAGUGUGUCCUGAAUUUGGAGGGGAGGACAAUGGUGAUGGAUGCUUAUGUGGAAGGGGAAGAAACAAACCAGUCCCUGUGUUAUAUCACCUGCCAGCUGAACCAGUACAGCUAUGCAGCACCUCAACUCGAAUUCAACGCUGUGGUAUUUGUGCAGAGGCGACAACACCUUCGAGUGGACAGUGCUGCAGAUCUCCACGUGACUUUUUACAACUGCUCCGUGGGACACACCGAUUGUAGCCGCUGCCAAACAGCUGACUCGAAGUACAACUGUGUGUGGUGUGGAGGCAGCAACCCCAGCUGCAUCUUCAGGGGCUCCUGCAAGGAAGAGAUAGAAGACCUGUGUCCAGCACCGCUCAUUCACUCUGUGUACCCCCUGUCUGGACCAGUGGAAGGUGGCACUAGAAUCACCAUCACUGGCUCAAACCUCGGGCAGAAACAUCAAGACAUUGCAGAAACUGUCACUGUUGCAGGAAUUCCUUGUGCCGUAGAUGCUCAAGAGUAUGAGAUCUCUAGCAGUAUCGUGUGUGUCACUGGCGGGAGCUGGACGGAGAGAUUUGGGCACGUGGUGGUGGAAGUGCCUGGAGGAGGACGUGGAGUUUCUGGGCAUAUUUUCACCUAUCAGAACCCGGAGCUGAAAUCCAUUGUUCCAACUCAGGGCCCCAAAGCAGGAGGAACCUGCCUUACCCUUCUGGGCUCAAAGCUGCUGACUGGACAUCCUAGUGAGAUCAGCGUCCUGCUUGGAGACCUCCCUUGCCGCAUCCUCUCUGAGAUGACAGAGGAUCAGUUGGCAUGUCAGACGAGUCCCAGCAAUGUGUCUGCAGAGCUACCAGUCACUAUCAAGUAUGGGGACCAGGAGCGGAGGCUGGAAGGAUCCCUCUUUAGAUAUACUCUGGAUCCCAACAUCACUUUUGCAGAGCCACCUAAAAGCUUUCUCAGCGGAGGGAGAGUGCUCAGAGUUCACGGAUACAACUUGGAUGUUGUACAGAGACCGAAGAUUCGAGUUACAGUCUCUCCAUCUGAACGCCGGCGUCGAGGAGUGGGGCGAUGGCGCAGAAUAAUCCCAGAUACCGAGUGCCCUGAGGGUUCUCUGUGCAGCAUCCAGCAGUUUGAAGAACCGUGUCUUGUUAACUCCUCCUACCUGAUCCUGUGCAAAACUCCAGCCAUUAACCUGCUACUGCGGAGUGUCCACAUCAAACUGGAAUUUAUUCUGGAUAAUUUGAGCUUUGAUUUCAACUCCUUGCAUCCCAUGCCCUUUUCUUAUGAAGUCAACCCCAUCCUCAAGCCACUGAAUGCUGAAGACCCCGCCAAGCCGUAUCGUCACAAGCCAGGAAGCGUCAUCUCUGUGGAGGGGGAAAAUCUAGAUCUGGCCAUCUCCAAGGAUGAAGUUAUGGCCAUGAUUGGGGAAGGAAUCUGCGUGGUGAAGACACUAACAAGGAAUCAUCUCUACUGUGAGCCUCCUUCCGAGCAGCCAGCUCCGCGGCACCGCACAAAACGGGAGGGCACUGACUUGCUCCCAGAGUUCACGGUACAAAUGGGAAACCUGAACUUCCUCCUGGGCCGAGUACAGUAUGACACAGAAAGCCAGCUCACCUUCCCACUGGAGGCACAGAUCGGUUUGGGUGUUGGUGCGUCCUUUGUGGCACUUGUCGUUCUGGUCAUUGUUUUCAUAUACAGGAGGAAGAGCAAACAGGCUCUGAGGGAUUACAAGAAAGUUCAAAUCCAGCUGGAAAAUCUAGAAACAAGUGUUCGGGACAGAUGCAAAAAGGAAUUCACAGACCUGAUGACUGAGAUGAUGGACCUCACAAGCGACCUUGUGGGCACAGGCAUCCCCUUCUUGGACUACAAGUCCUAUGCGGAGCGCAUUUUCUUCCCGGGCCACCGUGAGUCACCGUUGCAAAGGGACCUGGACAUCCCCGAGUGCCGACGGCAAACGGUGGAGCAGGGCUUGGUCCAGCUCUCCAACCUGCUCAACAGCAAGCUCUUCCUCACCAAGUUCAUCCACACUCUGGAAAUCCAGCGUACUUUCUCUCCGAGAGACCGGGCCUAUGUGGCAUCAUUGCUCACCGUGUCGCUGCAUGGGAAGCUGGAGUACUUCACUGACAUCCUCAAAACACUCCUGAAUGACCUUGUGGAGCAGUAUGUGGCCAAGAACCCCAAGCUGAUGCUGCGGAGGACAGAAACAGUGGUAGAGAAGCUGUUAACCAACUGGAUGUCCAUCUGCCUGUAUGCAUUUGUGAGGGACUCUGUUGGGGAGCCACUUUACAUGCUGUUUCGAGGAAUCAAACACCAGGUGGACAAGGGACCCGUUGACUGGGUGACAGGGAAAGCCAAAUAUACCCUGAAUGACAACCGGCUUCUGAGAGAGGACCUGGAGUACCGGACUUUGACUUUAAACGCUUUGACACAAGCAGGAGUUGCUGCAGGAGGGGCAGAGGACUCCCAAGGGAUUUCUGCAAAAGUGCUAGACUGUGACACUAUAACACAGGUGAAGGAGAAAAUCCUAGACCAGAUCUAUAAAGGGACACCGUACUGUCACCGACCAGACCCAGACACCCUGGACCUUGAGUGGAGGUCAGGGCUGGCAGGUCAUCUGAUUCUGUCCGAUGAGGAUGUGACAUCUGUUGUUCAAGGAACUUGGAAACGCCUGAACACUCUUCAGCAUUACAAGGUGCCUGAUGGAGCAACAGUAGCACUGGUCCCUCGCCUGACCAAGCACAUCCAUAGAGAGAAUCAGGAUUACAUCCCAGGAGAGAAAACACCGAUGCUGGAGGAUGCAGAUGAAGGUGGGAUAAAACUUUGGCACCUGGUAAAACCGACAGAAGAGCCAGAGCUUCCCAAGCAUCGCCGUGGGAGCUUAAGAGAUCGGGAGCGAGCCAAGGCAAUCCCAGAGAUCUAUCUGACACGUCUGCUCUCUAUGAAGGGCACCCUGCAGAAGUUCGUGGAUGACUUGUUCCAGGUGAUCCUCAGUACCAACCGCCCCGUCCCUCUGGCAGUCAAAUAUUUCUUUGACCUGUUGGAUGAGCAGGCAUUACACUACGGGAUUGCAGAUCCUGAGACCAUCCAUAUCUGGAAGACAAACAGCCUGCCCCUGCGGUUCUGGAUUAACAUCAUCAAGAAUCCCCAGUUUGUUUUUGAUGUGCAGACAUCAGAUAACGUAGAUGCUGUGCUUCUGGUCAUUGCACAGACCUUCAUGGACUCCUGUACGAUUGCUGACCAUAAGCUAGGACGGGACUCUCCAAUCAAUAAGCUGCUCUAUGCCCGGGACAUUCCUCGCUACAAGCAAAUGGUGGAAAGGUAUUAUGCGGACAUUCGUCAGACCAUCUCUGCCAGUGACCAGGAGAUGAACUCUGCCCUGGCCGAGCUAUCACGGAAUUACUCAGGUGACCUCAAUUCCCUGGUGGCUCUGCAUGAAUUGUACAAAUACAUCAAUAAGUACUAUGACCAGAUCAUCACAGCCUUGGAAGAAGACCCAACAGCACAGAAGAUGCAGCUCGGAUAUAGGCUACAACAGAUUGCAGCAGCUGUGGAGAAUAAGGUCACGGAUUUGUGA